AUGGCCGAAGAAGAAGACGACUCGCUAGAUGCGCUUGAAUAUGAGCUAAACCAGAUGGGUCUGAGUGUCGAAGAUUUACAGCCCCCUGAAGACGGGCAAUUUGAUAGGCGGGCCAUGGCUCGAGUUGAGUCUGCCCGAAUCAUGUCCCGCAGGUUCAUCGAGAGGGAUAGAGUCAAGGACAAGAUGAGCGCGCAGACUAAGAGGUAUCGGCGACGGCUGCAGGAGGGCAAGCACAAGAAAGUGCAGAGCUGGGAAAAGAAGACGCACCGGAGCCCGUUCCUCAUUAACCUACUCGCCGAGAACGAGAGACUCGAUGAAGAGAACAAAGUGCGUCUUAAAGAGGAGGCGCGCCAAGCAAGGAUCAGGGAAAAACGAAAGGAAGAAGCCAAGAACAACAUCAUACUGCAGGCAUUGACAGAGUCUUCCGAUCUUGAGGCGCUCCGCCGAGAAAAGCGAGCUAUUAUUGAAGAGGAGCGGUGCCUAAAGGCGCUCAUGGACAUCGAGAAGAGCUCCGGGCAUCGCAAGGCCCAGAUGCUGGCCGCCCUGAGGGCCGAGAAACAGCGCCACGCGGCAAAGGCCGACUAUCGCCGCAGGCGCUUCACGGACGCCCUCGAGAGUCAUUUCGAGAAGGAGGCCGAGGUGUUGAGAGAGAAGCACGGCGUGGCCCCAAAGUAA